UUUAGUAGUGGCUGGUGCGAGGUUUUAUCUGCUCGGCAUGCGAGCGCCGCGCGCCGCCGCCGUCUAGCAAUGAUACAGACUGACACGGGCACUGCGGGCAGUGAAAGUGCCGCCUAGCGCCUGUUCAAUGGUCACUCACACCACCCGCGCCCGCCCGAUAACACGAGAGGUCGCCACGUAACACGUUAUCUCCAUCUUGCUAGUCUCCCGUGAUGUUCCCAACUCAAUCAUCGAUAACUGUUUGUCCUUAUUGAUCUGGUUGACUGUCCUCGUGUAGAAUAUCACAACAAGUGGUACUUAGUUAUUCGUGUCGCGAUCGCGUCCACUGCUCUCUUCUCCACUCUCCACUCUUAAUAGCCAGAUUGGAGCUCGCAGUUUAAAAAGGUGCAUCGCCUCACAAUUACAUAGCAGCAGCCAGCUAUCAGUGUCCUCGGUCGGUACCUACCGCUCGGUUGAACAAACAUACAGUUAGCUUUAAAUUAUAUAAACAGUAAUUAUCAAAUCAUCCAGUUGACGCCACCGAAUACCUAUUUGUUGUAAAUAAAUACUACAUUAAUGAGUACGAGUAAAGAACAACGCCGCACUAUCAUGGCGCAAGAUGGAUCGGCAAACAGGCGUGGUUGAUAACAUGCGUGCUGGCUGCGAUAUGGUAUCACAAUGUUCCACUCGCUGCUUGGAGCGCGUCUGUGCGGGCGCUCCGUGCAGACAGGCGACCACGCACCACGCUCGCGUAUGAUCCAUUCUCAUAAAACGAGUGCUUCGCUACAGUUGUAGCGCAAUGGAAAUUGGCCCAUCCGCGGCAUGUCGGCGGUGGUGAUGGGCGCGGGCCCGGCGCACGCCUGCUUCUUCGCCACGUACGAGUACUGCAAGCACUCGCUGGCGCAGCUCACCAGGCACCGGCACGACCACAUCACACACGGGCUGUCGGGCUGCAUCGCGUCGCUAGUGCACGACGCGGUCUCCAACCCCGCCGAGGUGGUGAAGCAGCGCAUGCAGAUGCUGCACUCCCCGUACCGCGGCGUGUGGGAGUGCGCGCGGCACGUGUACCGCAGCGAGGGCGCGCGCGCCUUCUACCGCUCGUACGGCACGCAGGUGGCCAUGAACGUGCCCUUCCAGGCGCUGCACUUCGCCACGUACGAGGCGUGCCAGGCGCGCCUCAACCCCGCGCGCGCCUACGACCCGCUGGCGCACGCGCUGGCGGGCGCGGCGGGCGGCGCGCUGGCCGCGGCCGCCACCACGCCGCUGGACGUGUGCAAGACCGUGCUCAACACGCAGGAGCGCGCCGCGCGCGCCGACGGGCUGCUGGACGCCGCCGCCACCGUGCUGCGCGCGUCGGGCCCGCGCGGCUUCUUCAAGGGCGUGCAGGCGCGCGUGCUCUACCAGAUGCCGGCCGCCGCCAUCUGCUGGCUCACCUACGAGACCUUCAAGCACGUGCUGGGCGGCGCCGGCGAGGACGCGCCGCCCGCCGCCGCGGCGCCGCCGCUGGCCUGCGCGGCGCUGCGCCUGGCCGCGGCCGACGUGCCGGCGUCGUAGGCGGCGCGUGCCGGCCGCGCCUGUUUCCGUUGUUUUGUAAAUGAUUCGUUACCGCAGUCCACGAUUGCAGCUAGUACUCGCCGCCCGGCGCGGGCCGGCUCGGGUUGACAUCCUCGCGGAUGUAAAAUUGUUGGAGGUGCUAUGUAUAAUGUAUAUUGUGAUGGAGGGAACGGUUUGCCGCUCGACUCGUUGGGACGCGUCAAAUUAUGUUGUUGUUUGUGUAAAUUACUAUUAUAUUAAUUGUAUUUGUUGUAUUUAUGAGUUGUAUAUGUGAGUGAUAAACUCGAUUUAAAUUGAGAGUUAUAAACUACUAUUUGUAUAGUUAACGCGGCGAGCGACUGGCCUCGGUCGCCGCAAGCCGAGCUGUAAAAUUGCAAAAUGAAAAGAAUAUUAUAAACAGUAAGUAAAUAAAGAGUUGGACAAUA